CGGCUCAGGGCCGGUGGGACCUUGGGUGCAGAGUAGGUCUGUGAGUCUUCUCUGGUCUGCCUGGUCUGCACGUAGGGUAAAAAGUACAGAAUUGUUCAUUCUUCGCUUCCAAUCUGUUAAGUCAGGCCCCCUUUUAGGCUUCUUUUUGCAUCUAUAACGUAGAGACUUUAUUUUCAAAUCCUGACCCAGUAUCUGGAGUUUUCAGAAAAGAAUAUUGAGUGUCACUAUUUAAUUUGUCUAACUUCAUAAAUGUUCAGUUAAAAUUAAAAUGGGCAAACCGUUGUGUGCCCCAAAUUGUUACUGAACUGGCUCUUGCUCACCCUGCAAGAACCUUCAACAAACCCAGGUGCAGCCCGUAGGCACCGAUCCGGUCUCCAGCAUCUCCUGAUUAGCUAGCUCCUGAAAAGCAUUAAUGGUAGAAAUAAAACGCACAAGGUGAUAAGAUGAAACCCAGUAACUGUUUCUUUUUCUUACUUUCCCCCCUCCUUUCCAGGCUGGUAAUGAAGAAAUGAUGCAAAUAGAUUCACCGGUAAAGAGACAGAAAGAGUAUGAGCUGGUGACUCCAGUCAGCACAGAUUUGGAAGGACACUAUCUCUCUCAUGUUCUUUCUGCCAGUCACAAAAAGAGGUCAACAAGGGACGUGUCUUCCAACUCUGAGCAAUUGUUCUUUAACAUCACAGCGUUUGGAAGAGACUUUCAUCUGCGACUAAAGCCCAACACCCAGCUCAUAGCUCCCGGGGCGCUUGUGGAAUGGCAUGACAUGUCUCUGGUGCCUGGGAAUAUGACCGACCCUCCUCAUGAACAUCAACCGGGAAGUGCUUCUGAAAGAGUCUGGAAAACACAGCCUUUGCAGACUAACUGUGCUUACGUUGGUGACAUCAUGGACAUUCCAGGAACCUCUGUUGCCAUUAACAACUGUGAUGGUCUGGCCGGAAUGAUAAAAAGUGAUGAUGAUGAAUAUUUCAUUGAACCCUUGGAAAGAGGUAAGCAGAUGGAGGAAGAAGAGGGAAGGAUUCAUGUUGUCUACAAGAGAUCGGCAGUAGAACGGGCUUCCGUGGACAUGGCCAAAGACUUCUACUACCGAGAGUCAGAUCUGGAAGGCCUCGAUGAUCUAGGUACUGUUUACCGCAGCAUUGACCGGCAGCUGAACGAAACAAUUAGGCGUCGCAGACAUGCGGGAGAAAACGACUACAACAUCGAGGUGCUGCUGGGAGUGGAUGACUCUGUGGUCCGUUUCCAUGGCAAAGAGCAUGUCCAAAACUACCUCCUCACCCUGAUGAACAUUGUGAAUGAAAUUUACCAUGAUGAGUCCCUCGGAAUACAUAUAAAUGUGGUCCUGGUGCGUAUGAUCAUGCUGGGUUAUGCAAAGUCCAUCAGCCUCAUAGAAAGGGGAAACCCAUCCAGAAGUUUGGAGAAUGUGUGCCGCUGGGCUUGCCAACAACAAAAAUCUGAUCCCAACCACUCUGAACACCAUGAUCAUGCAAUUUUCUUAACCAGGCAAGACUUUGGACCUGCUGGAAUGCAAGGAUACGCUCCAGUCACGGGCAUGUGUCAUCCGGUGAGAAGCUGUACCCUGAAUCAUGAGGACGGUUUUUCCUCUGCUUUUGUAGUAGCCCACGAAACCGGCCACGUGCUGGGCAUGGAGCACGACGGCCAGGGCAACCGGUGUGGGGACGAGACGGCCCUGGGCAGCGUCAUGGCCCCGCUGGUGCAGGCGGCCUUCCACCGCUACCACUGGUCCCGCUGCAGCGGCCAGGAGCUGAGGAGAUACAUCCAUUCCUAUGACUGUCUCCUUGAUGACCCUUUUGAACAUGAUUGGCCCAAACUCCCAGAACUUCCUGGAAUCAAUUAUUCUAUGGAUGAGCAGUGUCGCUUUGACUUUGGGGUUGGUUAUAAAAUGUGCACUGCGUUCCGAACGUUUGACCCAUGUAAACAGCUGUGGUGUAGCCAUCCUGAUAACCCCUACUUUUGUAAGACUAAAAAGGGACCCCCACUUGAUGGGACUGAAUGUGCUGCUGGAAAAUGGUGCUAUAAGGGCCACUGCAUGUGGAAGAACGCUAAUCAGCAAAAACAAGAUGGCAACUGGGGGUCAUGGACUAAGUUUGGCUCCUGUUCCCGGACGUGUGGAACUGGUGCUCGUUUCAGGACACGCCAGUGCAAUAAUCCAAUGCCCAUCAAUGGCGGUCAGGACUGUCCGGGUGUUAAUUUUGAGUACCAGCUUUGUAAUACAGACGAGUGCCAAAAACACUUUGAGGACUUCAGGGCACAGCAGUGCCAGCAGCGAAACUCCCACUUUGAAUACCAGAGCAGUAAACACCACUGGCUGCCCUACGAGCACCCUGACGCCAAGAAAAGAUGCCACCUUUACUGUCAAUCCAAAGAGACCGGCGAUGUCGCCUACAUGAAACAGCUGGUGCACGACGGGACGCGCUGCUCUUACAAAGACCCCUACAGCAUCUGCGUGCGAGGAGAGUGUGUGAAAGUGGGCUGCGAUAGGGAGAUCGGCUCUAACAAGGUUGAGGAUAAGUGUGGCGUCUGUGGAGGAGAUAACUCCCACUGUCGAACCGUGAAGGGCACAUUCACCAGGACUCCCAGGAAGCUUGGGAAACAUUUAAGCAAGAGGUGCCAUAAAGAAUUCAAGUUGCUGGAAAAUGAAAUCUGGAAGACGAGAGGCGCCUUCACUUUACCCAAAGGAGCUCGUAAUAUUUCUCUUGCUGAAACAAGGGAAGCUAAAAAUGUACUGGCUAUUAAGAACCAGGCUACGGGCCACUAUAUUUUAAAUGGCAAAGGGGAAGAAGCCAAGUCGCGGACCUUUAUAGACCUGGGUGUGGAAUGGGACUACAGCAUUGAGGACGACAUUGAGACCCUGCACACUGAUGGACCUCUGCACGAUCCUGUCAUUGUUUUGAUUAUACCUCAGGAGAACGAUACCCGCUCUAGCCUGACGUACAAGUACAUCAUCCAUGAAGACUCCGCACCUACGAUCAACAACAACAACGUCAUCCAGGAAGAGCUGGACACUUUUGAGUGGGCUCUGAAGAGCUGGUCUCAGUGCUCCAAACCCUGUGGUGGAGGUUUCCAGUACACUAAAUACGGCUGCCGUAGGAAAAGUGAUAAUAAAAUGGUUCAUCGCAGCUUCUGUGAAGUCAACAAAAAGCCGAAACCUAUUAGAAGAAUGUGCAACAUUCAGGAGUGUACACAUCCACUCUGGGUAGCGGAAGAGUGGGAGCAUUGCACCAAAACCUGCGGGAGCUCCGGCUACCAGCUGCGCACUGUGCACUGCCUUCAGCCCCUCCACGACGGCACCAACCGCUCUGUGCACAGCAAACACUGCGUGGGGGACCGCCCCGAGAGCCGCCGGCCUUGUAACAGAGUGCCCUGCCCAGCCCAGUGGAAAACGGGGCCCUGGAGUGAGUGCUCCGUGACCUGCGGUGAGGGGACCGAGGCGAGGCAGGUGCUCUGCAGGGCUGGAGACCACUGCGACGGGGAAAAGCCCGAGUCUGUCCGAGCGUGUCAGCUGCCUCCCUGUAACGACGAGCCGUGCCUGGGCGACAAGUCCAUAUUCUGCCAGAUGGAGGUGCUGGCGCGGUACUGCUCCAUCCCCGGCUACCACAGGCUGUGCUGCGAGUCCUGCGGCGGGCGGGGCCCGCGCGCCCCGCCCGAGGCC